GUUUUAUACAGAACUCUCGGUUACAUCAGGGCGGCGUUACGAGGCAUGAGUGCCACCGCGCCAGCUCUGGCGGAGCGCGUCCAUGUAUAUUGCCGCAUACGGCCGUAUGUGGCCUCUGCGCGUCCCGAGGCCGACGGCGACUCGACGUUUGUGACAGGAACAUCCUCGUCGACGAGACGAGUGUGCGUCCAAUCUACGUCAACGUCGACAUUGUCGUUUCAAGACAGCGACACAAAAGAGUUUGGGUUUGAUCAGUGCUUUGCGGACGACGCGUCCCAAGAAGCAGUGUACAAUGCCGUAGCCAAGGACCUCGUCCAAGUACGCCUUGGCCAGCUCACUUGCGUGGAAGUCAUGUUGUUUGUACAUUGUUGUAGAGUGUCUUGGAUGGCUACAAUGCAACCAUCAUGGCUUAUGGUCAAACUGGAUCAGGCAAAACGCAUACUAUGGUGGGCAAAACUAUGGACAGCGACGUGGCCGAUGCCGGUAUCAUUCCGCGGUGUCUCCGCGACAUCUUCCGCACACCGUCGCAACCAGCAUCAACAGCGCCAUCGUCUGCGGCCACCGAAAAGCGAGUCCUUGUGACGCAAAUGCGGGCGAGUUAUGUGCAAGUGUACUGCGAGCGCGUGUUCGACUUGCUCGACCCCACGUCGUCGUCGAUUACAAACAACCACAACGCACUACAAAUCCGAGAGACUGAGGAUCGUGGAGUCUUUGUCGACGGAGUCACGAUGCGCCCAGUGUCGAACGCCCACGAUUGUGUGGCCCUGAUGGAGCAAGGAAACGCGAAUAGAACGGUUGCCGCCACGGCAAUGAAUGCACACUCGAGUCGUAGCCAUGCAAUACUGACCAUCCACGUCACAACAUCCCUUGGAACGGACGGGACCUCCGAGAGUGAGGUGUAUCAGAGUCAGCUCAAUCUGGUCGACUUGGCAGGGUCCGAGCGUGUCAAGAAGUCCCUCGUUCGCGGCGCCCAAGUCCACGAACUGAAAGCCAUCAACUUGAGUUUAUCCGCACUUGGCAAUUGCAUCUCGGCUUUGAGCAAGCAGCAGAGUCACGUGCCGUAUCGGGAUAGCAAACUGACGCGCCUGCUCCAAAACAGUUUGGGUGGGAAUGCCAAGACAGCGCUCAUCAUCACCGUCAAUCCCGACGCGUCGGAAGCGUCCGAGUGCCACGCGACACUUCAGUUUGGCCAGCGCGCGAUGAAAGUCCAAGUUAGGGCGACCGUAAACGUCGUUCCCGACUACAAGCGCCUCGUGGACGCUCUUCAAGCAAAGGUGGAUGCCCAACUUGAUCGACUCAACGACUUGGACAUGGAUCUGCAAGCUGCCAAACAAAACGAGGCCAUGCUGCAGAAUCAAUUGGAGGAAGCGAGAUUGGAAACGUCGCAAGUCAAGUUUGAGCUUCAAGCGAUGGCGAAAAUGACAACAGCAGCAACAGCCAUCCCAACACAAGAGCAAAGCAGUGAUGUGUCAGGGGAACGUGCUACGACGCCUUUGAUGCAAGACGCAGUCGCUCAACAAGCAGUGGCGUUUGAGGCGAAAGUUUGCGAGCUUGUCCAAGACCACAAGCGCGAGCUCGCCCAACUCAAACACCGGUACGAUCAGCAAAUGGACACGCACAAGCACGUGGCGAAUCGAGCCAACCAAGAAUGGCAUAACGUCGAGCACGAGUUGUCGGCGGAGCGGACGGCGCACUUGGCGACAAUUGCCGAAGUUCGAGAAGCCAAGGAAAAGCUGUGGUCUACGGAACGGGACACCACAAUCCGCAUCGCGGACCUGAGCCAGGAAAAGAAAGACUUGGAAACGCAACUGGCCGCCACACUCAAGCUAGUACACGAGGCCGAAGCGAAAGUGCGGCAGCUCACGGAAAAGGCCGCCGCCUUGGAAGCGGGCAAAGGACAACUCGAGACAUCGAUUGACGCCAACUUCGUGUCGAGGGCGCAGGUGAACGAAAUGGAGGCGUUGUAUGCAGAUGCGAUCGCCAAGCUCCAACACCGUGUUGAAUCGCUCGAAACGAGCAAUGUCCAAAAAGCCCUUGCGUCGAAACUCCCGCCAGUCAAGGAUCCGCUCGCCAAAGCGAGCUCGUCCAAGGCAGUCGUCGUCGACGGGUUGAUUCCGAAGAAGGCCGUCCCGCGCAUCGGCCGCGUCGUGCCGGCGGGGCGCAGAUAGUCAUUACAUCAUCCGACAAGGAGACGUUAUUGCACUGGCACGGGCUGCACAACUUGACACCCAUCGGCGUUUGCGCCUGGUUCUAUUGAUGGAUGUUGUGAAAGACGUCGUUGACAUCUUCGUUGUCGCUCAGCGCCUGAACAUCCAUCAUCGAUGAGGAAUGAACGGCAUGGUUUGGC